CCAAAAUUUAACCGAAGUUAUCAUGCGAGAGCGUUUAUGUCAAUUGCUCCAAAAACUAGGGCAUCGUCAUUAGUCCUAAAGCCAUAGGAAAGGCGCCCAACAAAAUUUUGGUUUUACUUUCUUUCUCGGCCAGGCAACUUCUCUCUCUGCCAUGGCCACUGUAUCUUCGCCUCUUGCCCCUAACAAUAACAACAGUAAUGGAAAUCCCAAUGCAAAUGGAAAUGGCAAUGGCAAUAGCAAUAGCAGCAACAUUAAGAGCGAGAGCACCGCCUCCACCACGCUACGCACCAACCUUCCGGCCACAACCACCACGCCACGACCUAACCUUAGGGGACUCAACAAACCCAAGUGCUCUCAGUGCGGCAACGUUGCCCGUUCAAGGUGUCCAUUCCAGUCAUGUAAGAGUUGUUGUUCCAGAGCUCAAAACCCUUGUUACAUUCAUGUGUUGAAGGGUAAUGUCACUCUCCCGGACAAGGUGCCAUCUUCGAGCUCUCCUUUGCCAGACCAUCAGCGAACAGAUGUAUCUUCAUCUACGGCUUCCCCAAAGACUUCUCAGCGUUCCAACCCCCAGAAUUACUAUACCCCCUUUAUUGGAGCCAACAUUCCUGUGCGUUCAAGGAAGCCCCUGUCCAGAAAGGAAAUUGCAGCCAUAAACGGUUGGAGGUUUUCCAAACUCAAAGAGCACACGGACCAAGACAUUGAAGCCGAAAAUGAGGCAUUUGAAAGGUAUAUGCAGAAUGUUUCCUUACUGGAAGAAGUGUUUUCAAUUCAUCCCCUAGAACCUGGCCUAGAUAACCAAUCUGAACCAGCACCCACCUCUCUUAAGAAAGACUAUGAUACCCAAAAAUUGUUGUCAUGUAUUAAGGCAAGGAUCAAGGCUGAUCCUCAAAGAGGAGAGAGAAAUAAGCAAAAGUUGCAGGGGCUUAUCGAUGCAAGAUUGGGGAAGUUGCAGAGUGGGGAUUCUAUUGAAGAAGCAGGUGAGAAGGAGCCCAAAAGGACUAAGAAUGGGGAUGACAAGGCAUGGUUUGAAAGGCCGUUAAUAACGAAUGGAUCUAUGGAUAGUAAAGCUAGAAUCGAGGACGAGCUGAAAGCCUGCUUGGCCAUGAAGCUGCAGUUAUCAGGGGAAAAACCUAGCUUUUUGAAGAGUGAAAAUGAUGAAAUAGUAACAGGCCAAGAAUCAAAAGUUGUGAACCCCAGGUCAUUUGGUGUUGGGAAACUAUACACUGAGGCCCAAGUUACAGAUGAUGAACUCUGUAACAUAAAUGCCAAGUUCUCAUCGUGCCAUGACUUUGAGGAACUUUGAGGCUUUCAAAGCUUGAGAUUGCAAUAGGAAAAAAUUUGAAGGGCUCUGAGUCUUUGAAGCCUGAGUUCAAAGUGGAAAUGAAAAUUUUUUUGCAUUGCUUUGAAGCUUGAGAUUAGAAGGAGAAGAAAAUUAAUUUGCAUUCUGCAAAAGGACCAUAGUUUUGAUAAAUUAGGGUUGCAGCAAAAGGGCGAUAGUUGUGAUACAUUGGGGUCUCAGCAAAAGUGCUCUCGCGGAGUAUUGAACGCAGUAGGAUAGGUUUUUGAAUGAUCAAUGAAGGUCAUGGAGUAGAAGAUGAGCUUAAUGGAUGGCCGAGAUUAGAGGCAUAUGCCAUUUGUGUAUAGCCAACCCUCCAUUGGAUCUGUCUUAGAGAUUUGUAACAUAGUACGGAGAUGGUGUUGCCCUUACCAUGGGGCAUGAGCUUGUUAUACUAUUUGAGUUUUAACCUUUUAGGAAGGCGAAGAAGGCUCUAUAUGGAUUGUACGUGAAAAAUAGGGAUGUCUGCUGCUCCACGACCACGAGUGCUUUGUACAAAUGUAAGAAAGUUGCUGCAUUAGAUGUGAUUCUUCUUUCAAUCUACUAAAAAUUUGGGAAGAGAGAUGCAUGCAUCCUGUUGCUAUAAGCGUCAAUAUUCAGGUUUUACUCUGAAUCUCCUAUAAAGGGCAUGUAUGUGCACCUGUGAGAGAGAGAGACUAAUAUUCUAUUGUGAGAAGCCAUGGUAUUCCUUCGGGGCAUUUACAUAAAGUUUGAAUCAUGCCUGCGGUUGAUUUUGCGACACGGUUGGGCCCUGUUCUGUUGGGCUAUGAGAUAAUACAAAACCUGGGUUUUCUUUUGGG